AUGAACGGCAGUUGGUGUGGCAAUCGAUGUGCCGACACGUACACUGUGGAGCUGGAGGAGGAGCAGGGAAAAGAAAGAUACGAUGUGAAAAAAUUUAGGUUCACAGCCCUACCAGCAAAUUAUACUGUAUAUAACAGUUGGCUCGAGCUCGACACAACUGUGAUUGAACUGUUCUUCAAGACAAAUUCUCCCCACUUUCAGACAUCAAAUAGACAGAUACGGCGGAGACGUAUCAAGAAGCCGUCGAGCGCCACCUUCUUUGUCUUCGGGGAUGACUUCGCUGACAACAGGAACCUCCCUCUGACCGACCCCGUCACCGAGAUGUCACGGCAAUGGGCUUACCCCUACGGCUCCAACUACGUCGAUGCCGAUGGGUUUCCGCGGCCGAAUACCCCGUCAAGCCGCUUCUCAAACUACAAGAUCCAGUCGGAUUUCAUCGCAACAAUGUUGGGGUUGGAGGAAGCCCCUCCAGCACAUGCCCGUACAGCGGAGAAAACAUGCGACCUGUCCGGCAUGACUUUUGCUACGGGUGGUGCAAUGGUGUUGGAUAGUACAUCACAUGAGUUUCCCACCUUUACCAAGCAAGUUGAUAUUUUCAGGAAGAUGGUCAAGGACGGGACCAUCACGGAGAAACAAUUGACUCACUCUGUAGCGCUCGUGGCCUUCUCCGGCAAUGAUUAUGCAAGCACCGGCGUCAUUGGACUAAGUAGCCCCAGCGAUAUUAAUGCUUAUAUUGGGAAAGUGACAAAAGAGAUGGCUGCUAAUGUGGAGCAAUUGUUGAAGCUCGGGGUGACAAAGGUUCUUGUCAACAACUUACAUCCUGUCAGUUGCACACCAUCACAAACCCGAACUAACAACUACACCACGUGCGAUAUUUUUGAAAACUUGGGUGUUUCCAUCCAUAACAAUAACUUGAAACAAGUUAUGACAGCAAAGAAGAAUGUCCACAUCGCCGAUCUGUACACCACAUUCAUUAAUAUUGUGGAUAAUGUGCCAGGUAAAGGCUCAGACCUAACAAAGCAAUUCAAGCGCAAACUAUCGCCGUGUUGCGAGAGUUUAGAUUCGAAGGGUUACUGUGGACAGCAAGGCGAGUUGUCCAGAGAGCUUCUUUACACCGUGUGCGACAAGUCCAAUAAAUUUUUCUAUUGGGACGACAUGCACCCGAUGCACGUGGGAUGGGAGGCUGCCAUGAAACAAUUGGAAAAGCCCUUGAGGGUGUUUUUAGAUCAAGACUAG